UGAUCCUUGAAAAAUGGCACUACCACAUGGUUUGCUUCAUUAAUUAAUCCUUUUUUCACCCAACUUCCCAAUCAUGAAUAUUACUAGAAAUUAAUAUUAUUAUUAUAUUUAUUUAUAUCGUUAUUUCUAUUAAGAGUGAAAACAAAAAUGGGGCACCCUUUUUGUAGUCCUCCUUAAGUCUCACUAUCUUGUACACAUUUAUACACUUACACUCCAGGAAAAUUCAAGGACAAUACUAAAGAAAGUCCCUCAAAAAAAAAAAAAAAAUGAAUGCAACAUCGUUAGAAAAGUCUAAGAGAGGUAAUUUAUAUGUAUAUAGAUUUGCCACCGGUAGUCAAACCCCGGAAUAUCCGCCUCCGGUGACAUCGGUGACGAAAAAAAUCAUUCGUUCAAGUGUAUGGGGAGGUUUAAUAAAGUCAAAAUCAAAGUCAAAGUCAAAAACAAAGACUAGUAGUAAUGGCGAGGAAAAGGAAGAAAAGGAAAAGGAAAGGGAAAGGAAGUCGGUCUCAAGUGUAGAAAGUAUAUUGAUGAUGAGUUUAGAUAGUAGGAAUGGGAAUGGGAAUCAUAAGGAGGUUGUUAUGAAAGGGAGGAAAUCAGUUGAAGUAGAAGAGGAAAAGGGAAAGGGAAUGAGAAUGGAAUUAAAAGGGAAGAAGGAAGAAGGGGGAAGGAAAUCAGUUUCCCAUGUUGAAAAUAAUGAAGCAUAUGUUGGGAGAUUUGUAGAGGAGAAAGCCAGGAAAUCAAAUGGUGCAAAAUUGGAAAAUGAUGUAAUUUCUGUGAUUGAAUUGUUACAAGUUAAGGUUUUGGUUACUGAUAUGCCUGCUUUUAUGCAAAUUCAUGCUUUUCAAUGUGCAAGGAAAACUUAUGAUAGUUUGGAGAAAUUCAGUGCUAAACAUAUGGCUUACAACUUGAAGAAGGAGUUUGACAAGGUUUACGGGCCAGCAUGGCAUUGUAUUGUGGGAUCGAGUUUUGGAUCAUUUGUUACACAUGCGACUGGUUGCUUUCUAUACUUUUCAAUGGAGAAAUUAUGUAUUUUACUUUUUAGAACAAAAGUUAAAAGAGCUAUGCAAUAGUAGUUAAAUAUUUUAUACUACUCUAUUCUCUUUCCCUCCCUCUCUUCCUCUUAAAUUAAUUGUCCAUAUAAUAAACGUGUAAAUGUAAACAAUAUAAUGCAAGUUUGAGCAUCAUAAUUUUAAAUAGCUAAAGGAACAA